GCUCCGGACCAGGCUGUUGUUGUUCUCAACGUGGUCCGCCACUGAGCCAUAAAAGCAGAGCGGGGCGCUCUCCUCGUCAGAGCGCAGCGCGCACGCCCGGCAAGCUUCGGGGCUGGUGGUGGCGAUAACGGCAGCAGCGGCGCUCCCGGCCGGUUUCCCUACUCCGGCCCGACCCCUACACUUCGAUUCCCUCCUCUCCGGUCCCCUCCGCUCCGGCCCCGGCCUGGGACCUCCGCUCCGGCCGGUCCGCCCCCGCCCCAGCCCUGCCGCCCGGCCCCAGGUCCGGCCGCGGCCGCUCCCGCCUGGAGCCGCCGCGCGCCCCUAGCCCCCCGGCGCCCCCUCGGCCCCUCGCCUUCCUCUUCCCGGCGCGGCCCCCGGGCUUCCGCGCCCCGCCCGCCACCAACCCGCUUGCCACCAUGUCUGUGGAGCUCGAGGAGGCCCUGCCGCUGACGACCGCCGAGGGGGCGGGCAAAAAGGCCAAGGCCGGCGGCUCGGCGGUGCUGUCUCCGUCCAAGAAGAGGAAGAAUCACAAGAAGAAGAAUCAGCCUGGCAAGUAUAGCCAGCUGGUAGUGGAGACCAUCCGCAGGUUGGGCGAGCGCAACGGCUCGUCGCUGGCCAAGAUCUACGCGGAAGCCAAAAAGGUGGCGUGGUUCGACCAGCAGAAUGGGCGCACCUACCUCAAAUACUCCAUCAAGGCGCUGGUGCAGAACGACACGCUCCUGCAGGUGAAGGGCACCGGCGCCAACGGCUCCUUUAAGCUCAACCGCAAGAAGCUGGAGGGCGGCGGCGAGCGGCGCGGAGCCCCGGCGGCCGCCACCGCCCCGGCGCCCGCCGCGCACAAGGCCAAGAAGGCGGCCCCGGGCGUGGCCAGCCUCCGGCGCGCGGACAAGAAACCCAAGGGUCAGAAGCCCGAGAAGCGCUCGCACAAGAAGGGCGCCUCCUCCAAGAAGGACAAAGGCAACAAGGCUAAGAAGGCGGCGACCUCUGGGGGCAAGAAGGUGAAGAAGGCGGCCAAGCCUAGCGUCCCCAAAGUGCCCAAAGGCCGCAAAUGAGCGUGCUCUCCUGCGGGGUCUUUCCAGGUUUUGGUUUUUUCUACCCCAAGUGUCUGUAGAUUUUGUACGGUUAUCCCGGCCCGGGCCGCCGAGCCCGCUCUGAGCCGCAGGGAGGGGCCCCGGGCCCGCGCCAUCCUUUCUAUGUUCCUCCCAUCCCCCGCUGUUGUAGCGUGUUUUUUUUCCCUUUAGAUUUUUGAAACGGCCCUGGCGACGCCUCUAUUGGCUCUCGCCCUUAGCAACGGCUAUCGCCAUGGUUACCGGCCUUAAGGCGCCAAAGGCUGUGGCUCGCCCGCUAUCCCCGGCGGGGGCCGCGGGUUGGUCAGGCCUGGGCGUGCGUGGAUACGGCCGCUACGCCGCCCUUCCCGGUCACCCACCUUCCCCGCCUUUGGGUGCGCGACAGUCGCUCGGGGCGCGGGGCUGUGCGGCGCUACUCUUUAUCCCGUCGGCCGUUUGGGGGGGCACAAUAAAUUUUUGAAACCUUUGAA